AUGAAUCCCGAAGUAUUUCCUAUUGAUUUGGUAGCAAUAGAUGACCCAGAAAUCGAACAAGAAGUCGAAGAGAAAGUGAUGCAGUUUGUUCAGAUGAUGGAAAGUCAUGGGAAUCAAAAAGGACAGAUUGCCGUAAUGUUUCACGAGAAACGCACGAAGAAAGCAUGGUUUACUAAAUCAGAAGAGGAAAUAUGUUGGGAACAGUGGGCGCUGACUAUUCGUACAGUGAUGUGUCGAACGGAAAUGGAUCGAAUAAAAAUGCGUAAAGAAAUGAAUAAGCAAUUGACCUCAUGUCUUUUCAGCAUUAUACGGUUCAUCAAUGAAAAAAAAGAUCAUAUUCCAUCGAUAACGGAUUCUAAUCGUAAUCCUUUUCCGUAUCAGAUUGUAAUUGCAACUACUUAUGACUCAUGGGGUUCAAUGCUGAAACGAAUAUUAUAA